ACUCCCAAGGGUCCUGACAAGCGUGGCUCAAGCCAAAGCUACCUGGGUGUCCAGCCACGCUCUGUCGCAACGAACCAGGAGUUCUCUGACCCCGAGUCAAGCUCUCCCGCCCCUCCCAGUGCGUCCAGGGUUCAUCCUAUCCUGAGGGCUGGGCAUUGGGGCCUCGCGUGGGUGUCCGCAACCUGGGCGGUAGCCUGGGGGCCUCUGGGGCGGGUUCCGGGGCCUGCAGGGGCUGCAGGAAGCGGGGGCAGCUCGGGACGCCUGGAUCGAAGCGGGCGCAGACACCCGAAACGGCUAGGGUGGCCGCGAGUCGGCUGCUGAGUAAUCCUGGGUGGCGGGUGGGAGCGGCCGGGCGCCCACGUUCCCCGCGCCGCAGCCCGGCGGCGGCUCCGCCUUCGCGUCCCUCCCCGCCCCCUGCUGGCUGCUGUGCUCCGCUCCUGGCAGGUCGGAGCCGGGCUCCGGGUGCGCGGGCCGCUGCAGCCGCCUCCCGCACCUCGCCUCGGCCCGCGCCUGGCCUCGUGCGCCCAUGGCUGGCUCGGAGCAGCAGCGGCCACGGCGGAGGGAGGACGGCGACCCGGACGCGGCAGCGGCGCCCCUGCAGGACGCGGAGCUGGCCUUGGCUGGCAUCAACAUGCUUCUGAACAACGGCUUCAGGGAGUCGGAUCAGCUUUUCAAACAAUACAGAAAUCAUAGUCCAUUAAUGAGUUUUGGUGCCAGCUUCGUCAGCUUUUUGAACGCCAUGAUGACAUUCGAGGAGGAGAAAAUGCAGUUGGCGUGCGAUGACUUGAAGACUACGGAGAAGCUGUGUGAGAGUGAAGAGGCUGGAGUAAUCGAAACAAUUAAGAAUAAAAUAAAGAAGAAUGUCGAUGGCCGGAAAUCCACGCCGUCGAUGGUCGACCGACUUCAGAGGCAGAUCAUCAUUGCCGACUGCCAGGUGUACCUGGCUGUGUUGGCCUUUGUGAAACAGGAGUUGUCCGCCUACAUAAAAGGUGGGUGGAUCCUUAGGAAAGCCUGGAAGAUUUACAAUAAGUGCUACGUGGACAUCAACACCCUUCAGGAGCUGUAUCAGAAGAAGCUGGCGGAAGAGCCCUUGUCUUCCGACGCUGCAAAUGAUAACCACGUUGUGGCCGAAGGGGUGACUGAGGAGUCUCUAAGCAGACUGAAAGGUGCUGUGAGCUUUGGAUACGGCCUUUUUCACCUUUGCAUAUCCAUGGUGCCCCCAAACCUGCUCAAAAUCAUCAACCUGCUGGGCUUUCCUGGAGACCGCCUACAGGGCCUUUCUUCACUGACGUAUGCAAGCGAAAGUAAGGACAUGAAGGCCCCUUUAGCUACAUUAGCCCUGCUGUGGUACCACACUGUGGUUCGCCCAUUCUUUGCCUUGGAUGGUAGUGACAACAAAGGGGGCCUGGAUGAAGCUAAGGCAAUUCUUCUCAGAAAGGAGUCUGCUUACCCCAACUCUUCCCUCUUCAUGUUUUUCAAGGGACGGAUCCAGAGGUUAGAGUGUCAAAUCAACAGUGCCUUGACGUCCUUCCACACUGCUCUGGAGCUGGCCGUGGACCAGAGGGAGAUCCAGCACGUCUGUCUGUAUGAAAUCGGCUGGUGCAGCAUGAUUGAACUCAACUUCAAGGAUGCAUUUGAUUCCUUCGAGAGGCUGAAGAACGAGUCCAGGUGGUCCCAGUGCUACUACGCAUAUCUGACUGCAGUUUGUCAGGGGGCCACUGGUGACGUGGAUGGGGCCCAGCUCGUUUUUAAAGAAGUCCAGAAGCUGUUCAAAAGGAAAAACAACCAGAUCGAACAGUUCUCCGUGAAAAAGGCGGAGCGAUUUCGGAAGCAAGCCCCAAGCAGGGCACUGUGCGUGCUGGCCUCCAUUGAAGUGCUCUACUUGUGGAAAGCCCUCCCCAACUGUUCCUUCCCCAACCUGCAGAGGAUGAGUCAAGCUUGCCACGAAGUGGACGAGUCAUCUGUCGCUGGAUUGAAGCAUUUGCUCCUUGGUGCCAUACACAAAUGUCUAGGAAACUCACAAGAUGCCGUUCAGUUCUUCCAGCGAGCUGCUAAAGAUGAGCUAUGUCGUCAGAAUAAUUCAUAUGUCCAGCCGUAUGCAUGCUACGAGCUUGGCUGUCUCCUGCUAGACAGAGCAGAGACUGUAGGAAGAGGCAGAACUCUACUCCUUCAGGCAAAGGAGGAUUUUUCUGGCUACGACUUUGAAAACAGAUUGCAUGUUCGCAUCCACGCUGCUCUGGCCUCCCUAAGGGAACUCGUCCCUCAGUGACAACCUCCGAGCGGCCCCUCCAUCAGAGGGGCACUAUGAAAGCCGAGGAGAAAACUCUUGAAGAUCAGCCUUUCUUCUGAAGACCACCUGUGCCAGGGAUGGGUUCCUGGUGUGGCUGACGUACUAAAGAUUCCUCUUUUAAACAUGUAGCUAUGAGUAAUAAAGAUGCCCGUAACAGUAACAGUGACCGGCCUGGGCGAGGGUCAAGUGACCUUGUUCAAACACUUUAGUUUUGUGAUUUAUUAUUUUUAAAUAAAAUCAAACUAAAUAUUCA